GACGCCCCCACGAGGGUAACGGGCGGAUAUUUUCAAAAUGGAAGAAAUGUCAAAGUUUUGGAGGGGAACGAAAGAACAACUUUCAUUCGUUUUAUGUAAAGUUAUUCUCGACUGUGCAUACAUGGAACUAAGCGAUAUAUAUUAACCUAUUUUUUUAUGUAUAUUGUGGACAAAGAAAGAACAAGAUGAGUGUUUCAAUCGGCGAUAAAAUUGAGGAUUUCAAAGUUCUCACCCUUCUUGGAAAGGGCUCUUUUGCAUGUGUUUAUCGGGCAAAAUCUGUUAACACUGGUCUGGAGGUGGCUAUCAAAAUGAUUGACAAGAAGGCCAUGCAGAAAGCUGGGAUGGUGCAACGCGUGAUUAACGAAGUGGAGAUCCAGUGUCGAUUGAAGCAUCCGUCCAUUCUGGAGCUUUACAACUACUUUGAAGACACCAACUAUGUGUACUUGGUGUUGGAGAUGUGUCACAAUGGAGAAAUGAGCCGCUUCCUAAAAGACAGGACUGUGCCCUUUUCAGAGGACGAAGCCAGGCACUUCAUGCAUCAGAUAGUGAAAGGUAUGCUGUACCUGCACACACACGGGAUCAUGCACAGAGACCUGACCCUGUCCAACCUCCUGCUGACCAGCACCCUGAACAUCAAGAUCGGAGACUUUGGUCUGGCCACCCAGCUGAAGCUCCCCAGCGAGAAGCACUUCACCAUGUGCGGCACCCCCAACUACAUCUCCCCGGAGGUGGCCACGCGCAGCGCCCACGGCCUGGAGUCGGACGUCUGGUCCCUGGGCUGCAUGUUCUACGCCUUCCUCACGGGCCGGCCCCCGUUCGACACAGACACGGUGAAGCGCACCCUGAACAAGGUGGUCCUGGGCCAGUAUGACAUGCCCGGCCACCUGUCCCCAGAGGCCCAGAACCUGAUCUCCCAGCUGCUGCAGCGAGACCCCGCCCAGCGGCCCAGCCUGUCGGCCGUGCUGGAUCACCCUUUCAUGACCCACAGCCUGCUGGCCAGGACCAAGGAGCUGAGCCUGGGGGAGGAAGGCUCCAUGGACAGUGGCAUCGCCACCAUCUCCACCGGUUGCACCUCCUCCACGUCAGGCAGCAGCAACCGCCUCCAGAGGAAGGCUGGGCACGUGGUGGCCUCGGCCCUGCCCAACCGCAUGACCCCCCUCCCGGCCAUGUCCCGGCCUCCUAGCAGCGCCUGCUUCGAAGGGGAGGAGAGCUGGCAGGAGCCCUGCCACAGAGCCCCCAGGGCGGGCAGGAGCGUGGCUGCCCAGGGGCUGGAGAGCAGCCAGCCCCAGUCUCGCUACCUACGCAGGGCCCACUCGUCAGAGCGCUCCUGCUCCUCACCCAUCCUAAGCCCGGGCGUGGCCCAGGCGGCGCUGGAGAGGUGCCACUCAGAGGAGACUCUGACUGGGGGAGAGAGGCUGGCUUUCCCCCAGUCCUCUGGCUACAAGCAGCAUAGGAGACCCCAACCAUCUCCCCCUGUCAAGCAGACAUCCAACUCGGGGUGUUCGUUCUCUGCACAAAUGGCACGUCAACAAAGUCUGCAGGCGGUGGACUCGGAGGGGCUUCCUAACUGGUUCAGUAAAGAAGGGUCGUCUCAGAGGCCGCCCACCGACGGCAGCUCUCACAGCGGCUCCGGAAGCUUCCACAGCGGCAGGGAGCCUCUGGGGGUGCACAACUCCUGGUGUGACCACCCCGCAGGCCGAGGGCCUGGGCCUGGCCUCGACCUCCACCCCCCUCGCCCCCGCGCCCCCCUGCCAGAGUCCUACAGGGAGAACCUGGUCGGCGGAGACCUUCAGAGCAGUCCUGGGGGAGAGCUGAAGGGGCUGUCCAGGAGCACUCCCAGCAUGGAGGACAGGAAGAAGGCCUUGAGAAAUGUGCAGCCUCCCUUGUGUGCCUGGAGACUAAAACCCAUCAGGCAGAAGACUAAGAACGCCGUGGUGAGCAUCCUGGAUUCAGGAGAGGUCUGCAUGGAGCUUCUGAAGGGUCAAGGCAGCCAGGAGAGGGUCAAGGAAGUCCUCCGGAUCUCCUGCGACGGUCUGACGGUGACCAUCUAUCAGCCCAACGAUGGGAAGGGUUUCCCCGUGCUCGACCGGCCACCCGCGCCCCCGGAGGACAUCCUGAUCUGCAGCUACGAGGAUCUCCCAGAGAAGUACUGGAAGAAGUACCAGUACGCCUCCAAGUUCAUCCAGCUGGUGAAGACCAAGACCCCCAAGGUGACCCUGUACACCAGGUACGCCAAGUGCAUGCUGAUGGAGAACUCUCCCACGGCCGACCUGGAGGUGUGCUUCUACGAUGGGGCCAAGACCCACAAGACGUCGGAGCUGGUGCGCGUGGUGGAGCGCAGCGGCAAGUCUCUGACGGUGAAAGGGGAGCUGGGUGUGGGGGGGCUGAGCCCUGAGACCAAGCUCUACCUGGAGCUGGCACGCGAGGGCCACAGCCUCUGUCUGGCCCUGGAGGCGGCCGUCACUGCAGAGGAGCAGCGCAGCGCUCGAAGCACUCCCUUCUUCCCCAUCACCAUCGGCAGGAGGCCGGUUAACCCAGACACUCCCAGCCCCACAACGCUGUCCUCCCAGCCGACCCCCCCUGAGGUGGCCUCGCCCCCCCAGCCCCCCCACAUCACUCCCUCGAUGAUCUCAUACGAUGGCUCUGACUUCACCACAGCCAGCCUGGCUAAACACCGCUCCCCUCUGCUGGUCAGACCAGAACACACAGCCAGUACGGGGAAAGUCGUCAAGUCUGUUUUUGUACCAAACAUAGGCUGGGCCUCGCAGUUGACCAGUGGAGAGGUGUGGGUGCAGUUCAACGAUGGAUCCCAACUGGUGGUGCAGGCGGGGGUGUCCUGCAUCACCUACACGUCUCCUGAGGGGCGCACCACCAGGUACAAGGAGAACGAGAGGUUGCCAGAGCACGUGAAGGAGAAGCUGCACUGUCUCUCCACCAUCCUGGAGCUGUUAGCCAAUCCGGCUUCACAGAUGGGGCUGUCGGCCAAUCCGGCUUCACAGAUGGGGCUGUCGGCCAAUCCAGCUUCACAGCGUUUACAGACACCUAAAUAACACCUGUCAUCUCCUCUCAGCCUGGCUCAGAGCAGACCGCUGCAUGAAUGGGGGACUGGGUUAGCUCAGGUGUGCUUGUAAAUAUAAACCUUUUUACCUGUACAGAUAAAGAUUAUGAAAAGAUAUAUAUUUUAUACAUGUGCCCAUGUUGUUUGUAAAAAAAAAAAAAAUAGUGUUUUGUAAUGUUUUACAUGUUUUUCUAAUUGUAACCACUAUGAAAUGUCAGAUGGAUAAAAGCUUGAGCAAUAAACAUCUGCGGGCUGGGUAGUA